AUGGCUCUCGGACCUCCAGUUUCAACAACAGCCUUUGUUGUUGUUUAUAAUCCAGCACAAUACAUUCAGAGUAUUACAAAUGGACAAAAUGCUGAACGAAUUGAAGCACUUAAACAUAUGUUUGAAUGUAUAACACAUUCGGAUAUUGAUCUUAUAACUUUAGGAAGUAUUUGGUUAUGUGUAACAGGUUUAUUGACAAAUGAAGAACAACAUGGUUUAAUGAAUAAUGAAAUUCGUCUAUUUUAG